CCCUCCGACCCAACAGGCUCAACAUACCACGACCCGACCUCCACCCUCGUCAACGCCUCGACCCUCGACUUCCUCCUUAUCGAGCUCGUCCCGCUCGCCUACCGCAUAACCGAAGACCUCGCCCGGCGAGAGGAGCACUGGCUCCUAGACUCAGGCGACUCUGCAAGCAGCGCGGUGGGUACGACAGGCGCAGGAGCGAAGGACACGGCGACUGCGACGGUGGUGGUGGACGAGGAGGAGGCGCGGGAGGCGGUGUUUCACCGGCUCGAGACGCUGGGGUAUCGUGUGGGAUUGGGCGUUGUUGAGCGGUUCUCCCGAUCAACACCUCGCCCCACAACCCCUCUCGACGUGAUAAAGUUCCUCUGCAAAGACCUCUGGCAACUCCUCUUCCGCAAGCAGAUCGACAACCUGAAAACCAACCACAGGGGCAUCUACGUGCUCACAGACAACACGUUUAAACCCCUCUCCCGCGUCUCGUUUGAUACGAAGAAAUACCCUCCCGGCACCGUUACCUCGCCCACACCCCCCACAAGCUCAUCCACAGGGGGAGCGGCGGGGGGAGGGGCAGUGCAAGGGGAUGUAGUACUCAAUGAUGCGAACGGUCUCGCGAGAGCGCAGCCGUUUUUGUAUUUCCCCGCGGGCGUGAUAAGGGGGUGUCUUGCGGGGCUGGGGAUACAGGCGACGGUUACGGCGGAGGCGACGACGUUGCCGAUGGCGACGUUUCAGAUUAGGACUGUUGGUGCGAAG